AUGAAUACGAUCAAGGCUCUUGUUGAAUUACUAACGCCCAAAUCUAUCAAAGAUAUCGAUGCAUUUGUCGGAGCAGCAGGAUUUUAUCGGAAGUUCGUUCCACGAUUCUCAGUAAUCGUAUCUCCACUAAAUAAAUUGACCAGAAACCGAAAACAAAAAUUCUGUUGGCAUCAAGAACAGCAGGAAGCAUUUGUACAAUUGAAGAAAGUUCUAUCAACAGAGCCCUUAUUAUUAUCAUUUCCUGAUUCAACAUUUACGGUGGAAACUGACCGUUGUCCUUUAUGUAAUUUUCACCGCAAAUCAGCGAAAAAUGGACGAGUAGAUAGAUGGUCCAUUGGAUUAGGUGAAUAUGACAUUCUUGAAAUUAAAUAUAAACGAGGUAAAUGUAAUUGUGACGCUGAUUUAAUGUCAGGGUAUCCUCCAAUACCAACUAAUACUGAUGAUACUAUAAUCACAAGAAAUGUUAAGAAUAAAAUGGAUGGCACUACAUUUGACAACGAUGCGGAACACACUGCUGAAGUCAAUGUCCUCACACGAUCAGCAGCUCGAGCACAAACGACAAAGGACGCUCAGCGCAUUACCACCCCAACAGACACACAUCCUAAUCCAGGAACAAAUAAAAAGUCUCGGCAGCUUCGUCCAAAAAAUAAGACAUUAACCUACCAGGUGUCAAACAAUUUAGUAUCCGCACAAUCAUCAACAAUAAAACAACAAUCGUCGAGCAAUCCUGCUCCAUCAUCAUCCCUUAUGUUUGAUUUUGAUAUUAAUAAAUCGAAUGAUGAACAACACCGCGAUAAAUCGAUUCAACAAAAAAUUAACCAGAUAAAGCAGAAUCCACAGACAACUUUAUAUGAAGUAGUUGAUGAUACGUUAUAUAAAAUUGUAUUAAGCAAGGGGGUAAAAGCACCACUUCUCCACUUCACUUCACUUCACUCACUUCAGUCUAAACCCACUUCACUUCAGUCUAAAAACCCACUUCACUUCAGUGCAAGCCUGCUUUCUUUCUAGUCAGGCUAGCGCAGCACCGCCAGUUUGUGAUGUUGCUGAAAUGCAUAGAAAAGCAUUUUGGCAUAAACACGCGAAGAAGUAGAAAGGAAAAAAGUAGACUAGACGAGCAAAAUGAUGGACAUUGGACAAUGGCAAGAGCCAGUCAGCUCAUAACAACAGAAUUCCAACACUAUGAAGAUAGAGUGUCUUUAGCUGCUUAUGCAUUACUAAUUCUUUUUUUCAAAUUUUUUGCUAGAUCUAUUUACUGCGCCGCUCUCACGCGUCAGUUUUAUUUAUUACAUGCAUGAAAAGUGGAUUGGCCAUGACUAAUCCUUAGCGCUUAAGCUUUGCCUGUUUCCACGAUAAGCAAAAAUACAUCAGUUAUCAUCUCUCUAAUUUAUUUACUCGUCUCUAUCUUCCACUUCACUAGUUCACUUCAUGGACACUUCAAA